AUGGCGACUCGUCCACACGCCGCCGACAACUCCGACGCCUCCUCGACCUCAUCGUCUUUAGCCUCGGCCCGCUCCUCGCACACCUCGCUAUCUAGCAACCCCAUGUCCUUCUCGGCCACGCAACAGGCAGUCAAAACGGCCGCCCUCGACCUCUCGGCCACGCAACAAGCAAUGAAGACGGCCGCCCUAGACAAGAACCGCGGCUAUGCCGAGCACCACGCCGCCGCCGACGUCCCCCCCUCGCACGUUCCCGGCCAUCAGGUUCUCCGCGAGCCCCUCUGGAACAAGGGCCUCUCCUUCACCCCCGAGGAGCGCCUCUCCAACAACCUCACCGGCCUCCUCCCCCACGCCAUGGAGAGCCUCCAGACUCAGUGUGGCAGGGCCAUGAAGAUGAUCCAGACCAGGCACACAAACAUCGACAAGUACCUCUACCUGUCCACCAUCAAGGGCCAGAACACCGACCUGUUCUACCGCCUCCUCAUGGACAACAUCCGCGACCUCAUGCCCCUCGUCUACACGCCCACCAUUGGCGACGUCUGCCUGCAGUACUCGACCCUCUACACUCGCCCCGAGGCCCUGUACAUCUCUAUCAAGCAGCAAAAGUCGAUCCGCACCAUGCUCCGCAACUGGCCCUGUCCCAAUCCGGAGAUUUGUGUUGUCACCGACGGCUCCCGUAUCCUUGGCCUCGGGGACUUGGGCGUCAACGGCGUCGGCAUCUCGAUUGGAAAGCUGGCGCUCUACACGGCCGCCGCUGGCAUCCAUCCCGACAAGACUCUGCCCAUCGUCUUGGAUUGCGGUACCGACAACGAGACCAACCUCAAAGACCCCCUAUACCUGGGCCUGCGGCAGAAGCGUGUUUCCCAAAGCGCCCAGCAGGAGUUCAUGGACGAGUUCAUGGAGGCAGUCAAGGACGUCUAUCCUGACAUGGUGGUCCAGUUUGAGGAUUUUGAGAGCCAAAAGGCCUUCAACUACCUGGACCGCUAUAGAAACACGCACAAGUGCUUCAAUGACGAUAUCCAGGGCACUGGUGCCGUCGUCCUCGGCGGGUACAUUGGCGCCGUCAAUCUCUCGGGUGUGCCCAUCGAGGAGCAGCGUCUGGUCUUCAUGGGCGCUGGCUCGGCCGGAGUUGGAGUCGCCAAGCAACUGGUCGAGUACUACACUCGUAGAGGUCUCUCCGAGGCUGAGGCCCGUGACAAGUUCUGGCUCGUAGACACAAAGGGCCUCGUCACCAAGGACCGUGGCGACAACCUGGCCGAGCACAAAAAGUACUUUGUGCGCACCGACAACAACGGCCGGCAGUUCCGCACCCUGGAGGAGGUCAUCGAGUACGUCAAGCCCAGCGCCUUGAUCGGCCUCACCGCCACCUUUGGCGUCUUCACCGAGCCAGUGGUGCGCGCUCUCAAGGCUUCGGUCGAUGCGGGCGGGCCGGGCCGCCGACCCAUCCUCUUCCCGCUCAGCAACCCCUUGACCAAGGCCGAGUGCACCUUUGAGCAGGCCGUGCAGUGGACUGACGGCGCCGUCAUCUUCGCCUCGGGCUCUCCCUUCCAGUCGUACACGGCCAACGUCGACGCCGAGGCCGGCCCCGUCACGUACCACCCCAACCAGGGCAACAACGUGUACGUGUUCCCCGGGCUGGGGCUCGGCGCCAUUCUCGCCAAGGCCUCGCGCGUCACCGACGACAUGGUGUACACGGCGGCCGAGGCUCUGAGCGGGACGCUCAAUGCCGAUGAGAUGCACAAGGGCCUCAUCUACCCGAGGAUCGAGCGCGUGCGGGACGCCAGCGUCAUCGUGGCACGUGAAGUGAUGAAGGCUGCCCGCCGGGACGGCGUUUCGGAUCUGCCCGAGGCCAUGUGGAAUGAGUGGGAGGAGUGGGGCGAUGUGGCUCUGACGACGUACAUCAAGCAGCGCAUCUAUGAUCCCAUGUGCUUUGCCGACGCUAAGGGCCGUCUGUAA